AUGCACCAGACGUUCAUCGCUUAUCAUCACUUUGCGCUUUUCGCCAUCCUCGUCGUGUCCGCUGCUAUCAUCGCUAGCGCGGCGGCAUGGAAUCUUUCCUUCGCACUUGAGGCGCCGCAAAGAUCUGUUGACGCGUAUAUGAUCUUCCUCGGUGGAUUGACACUGCUCGUCGUGCUUCCGCUGAUCUCGCUCGAUGUCUUUCUCGACCGCGCGAUAACGACCCGCGUGUGGAUCGAGUGUCUAUGGGUCGGCGCACUGUGCAUCUUCCAUCUACCGGGCUCUAUCGCAUCUACGGCCUUACUCUCACCUUCGUGCGACCGCUUCGGCAUCGUAUACAUGAAUCCCGCCUCCGCAUGUAGCUCUUACAAGCUUCUUCAAGCUUUCUCAUGGAUCACUACUGGUAACUUGCUGCUAUAUCUAUCUGUAUUACUAUGUUUCGCGAUUCUCCAUGCUCGGAAGGACAGCAGCGUCUGGCACGCCCACGUCCGCGCCUUCGACUGGUGCACGCUCUCCAGCCCACCAGCGAGCCCCGCCGCGCGCUUCAACACCGACAUCCUCGUCGCACCCCGACCGCGCGUGCCCCCGCUCACGAUCCCAACGGCAGGAUCGGCCUUCGGGCCCGGCUACACCGUCGAACACCUCUCCGAUACCCAGUCCGGCACGCUUCCUUCCGAAUAUGUAUCCUCAACGCGCUACGUGCCGCAACAGCAGCAACAGACGUUAUACCCGGCUCAUGUACAGCCAUACCUGCCCUCCGCGACCGCAUCGCCGUCCUCGCCGCCGACCCCGCUCAUGUUCUACAAGCGGAAACGCCCGCCACCGCUUGAUAUCCCCGAACCCCCCGCAAUCCCGAUGUCGCCGCCCGCCGCGCCUGCACCGCCAAUGCGGCAACAUGUGCAAUCAGGGCCGUCUGCGGCACCCGCGCAUCGCACUGCUGGGCCGCGACCGUUGCCUUCCCGCAUCGUUUCCGACCCUGUCGUCAGCCCGAACGCGGGCGCCGUACCACAGAGUGCAGGGCUUUCUGCAACGCGAAAUCCACCAGGGUCGGGCAGACCUGCGCGACCUAGCGGGCCACGAACUCUUACGCGCACGAGCGUGGAUAGCGUACGUAGACCGUCGGCUGAACUUGGAGAUGGGCGACCGAGGCUUUCAAUUGACACUGGAGCGCGAGCGAGUAGGGAAGGGGUACAACGUCCGGUUGUGCGACGGUAG